GCCGCCGGGAAGGACUCCAAGCUCCAGCAUGCCCCGUGCGCCCCGCCUCGCCGCUGGCUCAGCCGCCCGGGAAAAUGGCGCGUGCCCGCAGCAGCUCCACUCCGUGGACUGAGAACCUGUAGAUGCCCGGAACCGAGGGGGGACCCUGAUUCAAACCACCUCCAAUCCCUUUCUCGCUGGCUUCGUCAUCAGAGCGGAUUCCCCUCGCUUUCCGCCCUUUGCUCCUUGAACGGCAAGAAGGCUCGGCGACCCACCAGCUGGCUGCGAUGGACACGGAUCCACCGCUGCAACUGCGCGUCUUCAACCUCAAUUGCUGGGCGAUUCGCUACUUGAGCAAGCUGCGGCAGGAGCGCAUUGGGCUGAUUGGCGACACGCUUAGCCAGGAGGGGUUCGACCUGGCACUCUUACAGGAGGUGUGGAGCGAGAGGGACUAUUGUGAGCUGAAACAGAAGCUGACUGUCUGCUACCCCUACUCCCACUACUUCAAAAGCGGGGUGAUUGGCAGUGGGCUCUGCGUGUUCUCCAGAUACCCAAUCCUGGACACCUUCCUAUACCAGUACUCCCUGAAUGGCUACCCCUACAUGCUCCAGCAUGGGGACUGGUUCUGCGGCAAGGCCGUGGGGCUCCUCGUCAUCAAGAUCUGUGGGAUUAUCUUCCAUGUGUAUGUGACCCACCUCCUUGCGGAGUACUGCCGGGACAAGGACGUUUACCUCCCCCAUCGAGUGGUGCAGGCCUGGGAGCUGGCUCAGUUCAUACAACACACCUCGAAGGGAGCGGACGUGGUGCUGGUCGGUGGGGAUUUGAACAUGCACCCCGGGGACGUGGGGAUCCGGCUGCUGCGAGGCUGGACAGGGCUGCGGGACUCCUUUGCCGACACAGAGAGGUUCGAGGGCUGCGAGGACGGCUACACCCUGGUCCCAGCCAACUGUUUCAUCAACAAGGAGGAGCUGCAGCCCUUCCCGCUGGGAAUCCGCAUCGACUACGUUCUCUACAAGGGACUGUCUCGCUUUGUGGUGAAAUGUGACAGCCUCAUGACCACCACGGGCACCGCCCCUGGCAAGAGCAUUCCCUACUCGGACCACGAAGCCGUUAUCGCUACACUGUGUGUGAAGCCACGAGAGGAGGCCAAGGCCUCGAGCAGCAGCGCAGUCGAGCCGGAGCUGGUGGACGUGGUGAACGAGGCCCGGACAGAGGUGAGGGUGGGGCUGCAUGCCGCCGAGCACCAGCGCUACUCCAACGGCCGCAUGGCCAUCCUGGCCCUGCUCCUGCUGCUCCUGCAGGCGGCCAUGGGCCUGAGCUCCCUGGUGGGCUGGGAUUCCCCGCAGCCCUUCCCCAAGUUCUCCUUCUCCCUGCUGAGUUUGCUGGCCACGGUGGUGCUGCUGCUCUCGAUGGUGCUGUACGUCUUCCACACCAUCGAGGUGAAGAUGCUGCAGGGGACGGAGGAGCAGAUGAGGCUGGCGCUCCAGGCGCUGCAGGACAAGCUCAGCUCCAUGUAGGACAGCGGCGGGGGGGAUCAAGAGGCUCCUGGGCGCUCAGUGGAUGGCGCUGCCAGCUGCCGGCGACUGCCCUGGAGAGCAGGGGAAGGGCAGGCGGUUUCCUUUGCACUGGAUUGCUCCACAGACCUUUUUAUAGUUAACUUGAUUUUUAAACAAGCGGCAUUACUGAGCAUUUGGUAUCUUACUGAUUACAGCAGGUUUUCUAUCGCUGCCUUUUAGAGUUAAAUAAACUUUCUGAACAGAU